GCAGCAUUUCGCACAAAGCAGCCGGCUGGAUACAUGACAUGUAUCGUGGGUGCUAUGCGCGACUGAGGGAAAACAUGCACGCUGUGUAGUGGAGCACUCCAGACCACAGCUGUGGAAGGUGUUGUUUUUACGAGCUCUUUUAAACGUGCAAGAAGCGUGUGAUGCGAUGAAGCAGCGAUUCCAUCGUUUGAGCAAGGAGCUAUCUGGUGUUUCAGGCUGUGCGUGUCAGCCUGGUGGCUCGGUACGCACUGCGCAUUGCUGCUGCUGACUCAACCACUGCUGCGUUGUAAACAAGCCCGUCUUCUGGAGGAACGAUGACGGUACAGACGGGAUCAUACCCGACCUCACAGCAUUAAACAUCCUGUGGGAUACCGGGUUGAUCACCCUCGGCGUGGACUCGACCCUUACGAGUGGACUGAACUCCACGGAGCGAAGCCGGCUCUGAAAGUACGCUGAAAGUCCAAUGGGCGUGAGGUGCGUUGGUCUGUUGGACCUGCUGCUGCUGACGGCCACGAUGACCCACGGAAGUUGCCUGCAUACUUUGGUUUGAACCCCGAGAACAUGAGCGACCCCGGGGAGAGUCCAGGCGGCCCCGCUAGGGGAGUCCUGCAGAGGAGCACCAUGGGCGGUCGCUCCUACUUUGUGUUUGUGCUGGUGUUCUUUCACAUGUGCAUCAUGAAUGGCAUAGCGCAACUCUACGAGAAUCACAAUAACGGUGGAGAAGAACCCGACCCCCGAAGCCACCAGGGGGCACCAGACAGCCUCCAGCAGCCGCCUCUCGGACCCAAGAAGCCGCCUCUCGGACCCCAGAAGCCGGCUCUCGGACCCCGAGAGCCAGAGACUGUGCGGGAGUUUUUUCUUCCACGAAUAGAUGGGGUUAAGGUAGGACACGUGCAGAAGCUGUCUAUCGUGCCUGAUAAAGUGCACGAGAUGCGGACACUGAGUUUGAAACCGCUUCUGUUUGAGAUCCCGGGGUUCCUGUCGGAUGCUGAGUGUGGUGUGGUGAUGCAGCUGGCCCAGCUGAAGGUGGUGGAGAGUCAGCUGAUGGUGCAGGAGGGCCAGGGAGGACUGGCCGAGGAGCUGGACCUCAGCCCGGACGAGAUCUUCAGCCUACUGGACAUCAGCCAGGACGGACAGCUGCAGCUCAGCGAGAUUCUGACCCAUUCCCGGGUGAGGGAGGGCAUCUGGCUCACACCAGAGAGUCUGAGAGAGAUCUACGCCGGGAUCCACGCUGACAAGGACCACAAUGGCCUCCUGAGCCUGGAGGAGUUCAGGCAGCUGAGCAGUGACGCCUUCCAGCGCUUCCUGCUGCAGCGAGGGGUGGAGAGCAGCCAACUGGUGAGGAACAGCCACCACACCUGGCUGGAGCAGGGCCCAGGGGCCCACCCCGUCCUCCAGAGCGUCAAGCAGAGGGUGGUCCGCCUGACCCAGCUCCCAGACCCCCUGGUGGACCUGAGCGAGCCGCUGCAGGUGGUCCGCUACCAGCAGGGGGGGCACUACCAUGCCCACCACGACAGCGGCCCGGUGUACCCCGAGACAGCCUGCACGCACACCAGACCCGCCGCCAACGCCUCCAGCCCCUUCGAGACCUCCUGCAGGUACAUCACGGUCCUCUUCUACCUGAACUCAGUGGAGGGCGGCGGGGAGACCGCCUUCCCUGUGGCUGACAACGGCACCUAUGAAGAAAUGUCUCUGAUCCAGAACGAUGUGGAUCUUCUGGACACCAGGAGGAACUGUGAGAGGAGCAACCUGAGGGUGAAGCCCACCAGAGGAACGGCUGUGUUCUGGUACAACUACCUCUCUGACGGCAAAGGCUGGGUGGGAGAGCAGGACCAGUACUCUCUACACGGAGGCUGUGUGGUGACGCGGGGAACCAAGUGGGUCGCCAACAAGUGGAUCAACAUUGACCCCGACUACCAGCGGCAGGUCCGAUACCAGCAGCUGGUCUCACAGAGCGCCCAGGACGACGAGGACCAGGAGGGCCUGGUGGCCAGCCGGGACAUGCAUGACGCUCAUCAAGACCUGUAGCACAGCCCCAGACCACAACACCCCGAAACCAAAAACCCAACUUUACCAAAUGUUGCUAUCCUACGUGCACAACUUCCUGAGUCCAACCUUCCCCUGUUUUCAGAGAGGAAAGUUCAGGGACUGAGACAGUGGGCUUAUGCAAAUGUUUACCCAGAUGUGUUUUAUUGGAGACGUGUGUAGAUGUUCAAUAUCAUUUCAUCCAAUCUCUUCUCAACCACUUUAAGGAAAAUAAUAAAUGAUGCAGUCAUGUUGCCUGAAUGAAAUCCACAGAUUUAUAUAUGUUAGAAAGUAGUUUAAAAGGUUAAUACAGAUCCUGUAAAAUCCUCAACUUUACGUCUCACUCAGUAAUGCCCAGUUUGCACGAUUGUAGUACAAUGCAUGUCUGUGCAAUAACCUUCUUAUGUAUGGUUUGACUUGUUUGAUAACAGCAAUACUGUGUAGCAACAUCGCAAAAAUGUCGAACUUCAACAAUCUCUAUGUGUCCGAUUUUUAAUCCGAAAUGCACAGUUUAUCACUUUUCCUUGUAUAAUUAAAGUACGAGAUUAAAAAAUAAAUACUGUU